ACUAGUUAAAAUAAAUAAAUAUUAAUACAGUUUUGUUAUUUGUUGAACAUUUUGUACAAUGUCCGCCUAUGAUAACAUUCGCAUUAAAAAGUUGGUCUUGAAGGGCGAGAAGCACAAAAAAAGCAAGAAACGCAAGAGAGAUAAGGAGCACAAUGAUAAACCAGAGGGCAGUAAAAAACCAAAAACUCAAAUUGAUCAGGACGCCGAAGACCAUGGCGGUUGGUGGUCAACUAAGGCGGCAGUGGACAUAACGGGAACUGUGGCCAUAGAGUUUGGUGAGCGCUGUUACCUCAAGGCUCUGGACAAUGGUUUAUUCACUUUGGGAGCUCCACAUAAUCAGGGUGAUGGUCCAGAUCCUGAAGAGAUUUUCACAGCAUUUCCCAUUAAUGAGCAAAAAGUGUCGUUUAAGUCAGGCUAUGGAAAGUACUUGAAGAUUGAAAAAGAUGGAAUGAUAACAGGACGAUCUGAGGCUGUUGGAAGCAUGGAACAAUGGGAGCCAGUCUUUGAGGGUCGCCGAAUGGCUCUACUAGCCGAAACGGGUCACUUUAUGUCCAUUGAUCCCGAAGAUGAUGCUUGUGUGGCUUUGCGUAAGAAAGUUGGGGAACAUGAAAUCUGUGUAGUACGUAGUAAUGCAGCACGCAAUGUGGUCAUUGAUGAAGAACCCAAAGAGGAGAAGGGCGAUUUAGUGGAAGUUGAAAAGAAUUAUGUCAAAAAGUUUCAAAAGUUCCAGGACAAAAGAAUGCGGAUUAAUCAGAAUGGCAUUAGGGAGCUGGUUGCUGCCAAGGCCGAUGGAUCUCUGCAUGAAACUCUAUUGGAUAGACGCAGUAAAAUGAAGGCAGAUCGUUAUUGUAAAUAAGUCGUUGGAUGAUAUUAACAUACACACACACAAAACACAAUAACUAAUUUUAGUUCUUUAACAAGGAAUACAAAUCCGACACAUAAAAUAAAGGUAUUUUUUAUUACCAUUAAAACUA